UCUUGUCCUGGAUAUGACUGAGUACAAGCUAGUUUUUCUCUAGUGACAGUUCAAAAAACCCUCAAGAUUAUGUUUCUCUUCCUUGUUGCUUUUUUGCCAUUGGUUUUUAAAAUUGGUUUUGUCAGCCUCUCCGCUCUGCAGCACUGGAACUGUCCUAAUGGAUACAGAUUAAAGACUGAAAACUCUGCUUGUAUAGAUAUUGAUGAAUGCCUUGAAGGUGGUUUGGGAACUUGUGGCCAAACCUGUAUCAAUGUUCCAGGGUCCUACAUCUGCUCCUGUUUGCCCGGCUACACUUUGGAUAUUGACCAAUGGUCUUGCUAUGUGAACGACCCUACACCAUUCCUCCUUUUUAGCCAUGGGAAUGCCAUCUUUAGAAUGGACAUUGAAGGGACCAAUCAUGAAAGAUUGGUGGCUGAUACUGGGCAGUCAACACUUAUGGAUUUUCAUUAUACAGAAGAGAAAGUGUAUUGGGUAGACUCUGAAAGACGACUACUUCAGAGAAUUCACCUGAAUGGCACAAAACGAGAGAGACUGUGUUACAUAGACAAAGGCAUUUCAGGAUUUGCUAUUGACUGGAUAAAUCAAGACAUUCUCUGGGCCAAUAGACAGAAAGCAACCAUAGAAGCAACAGACAUGAAUGGGAAGAAACGACGAGUUCUUCUAAGAGAUGUUGGUCGUCCCACACAGAUUACCAUUGACGCUGAGCAAAGGCUGUUAUUUUGGUCUUCAGAUGGUACAGUUUCCAGCAUACACCGGGUGUCCCUUAGUGGAAGUGAUGUGAGAAAUGUUUUAAGAACCACAGAAAAAAUAAAGGCCAUCUCACUAGAUUUGGUUGACACAAGGCUCUACUGGAUCCAACACGACCAUGGGAAAGAGAUUUCCCAUAUUGCAUCGUGUGACUAUGAUGGCAGAGCUGUUCGUUUGCUCAAAAAUUCUGUCCGACAUCAAUUGCUUGGUAUGUCUCUCUUUGCUGAGCACUUGUACUAUUCAGAGUUGAAAUCUGGUAUGAUAUGGAGAGCUAACAAGUAUACUGGAAAAGUUCUAGUCACAAUUAGCCUGAAGCCAUCAUUUUUUCCACCAGCAGAGAUAAAAUUGGUGCAUCCAUUUAAACAGCCAGGUGCAAGAACAGAUUCUCAGGAUUUUGAAAAAGGAACCUGUGGUUUGAACAAAGAAAAGUGCAGAAGAAGAAUCUGCAGGCCAGACUCAAGGACUCAUCGGUGUAAAUGUUCUAGUGGCUUUAUUUUAAGUCGAAAUAAACAGUUUUGUGAAGAUAUCAAUGAAUGUGGCUUCUGGAAUCACGGCUGUACUUUGGGCUGUGUGAACAUCCCUGGUUCCUAUUACUGCACCUGCCCGAGAGGUUUUGUUCUUCUACCUGAUCGGAAAACAUGUCAUGAGCUAAUUUCCUGUACAAGUAACGACACUGAAUGUAGCCAUGGUUGCCUUCAAACAUCUAAAGGGCCUGUUUGCUUUUGUCCUGAAGGAUCUGUACUCAAAGUGGAUGGCAAAGCAUGCACGGGUUGUACAUCUCCAGAUAAUGGUGGCUGCAGUCAGAUAUGUUCUUCUUUAAGCCCGUCCUCCUGGGAGUGCGCUUGUUUUCCUGGAUAUAAGCUUCAGCGAGACAGAAAGCACUGCACUGCUAUAGGUCCUAAGCCAUUUUUGCUAUUUGCAAAUGGCCAAGAUAUCCGCCAGAUCAGUUUUGAUGGAACAGAUUAUGCAAGUUUACUUGACUGGCAGAUGGGAAUAGUCUUAGCACUGGACUCUGACCCGGUGGAAAAUAAGAUUUACUUUGCCCACACAGCCUUGAAGUGGAUAGAACGAGCUGAUCUGGAUGGCUCAAAUCGUGAAAAAGUUAUUCAUGAGUCUAUAGAUACACCCGAAGGCCUUGCUGUGGACUGGAUUAACCGUAAAUUGUAUUGGACGGACAGAGGGAAGGCACGCAUCGAGCAGAGCAAUCUGAAUGGAAUGCAAAGAAAAAUGAUCAUCUGGGAGGAUAUCUCUCAGCCCCGAGGGAUUGCCAUUCACCCGUUUGCUAAGAGAUUGUUCUGGACUGACAUGGGAGUCAAUCCCCGGAUUGACAGCUCUUCAUUAGAUGGCAUCGAUCGCCAGGUUAUAGCCAGCACUGGUCUGGUGUGGCCCAGUGGAAUAGCUCUCGACUACUUAGCCGACAAGUUGUACUGGUGUGAUGCUAAACAGUCAGUGGUUGAGAGCGCAAACCUGGAUGGUUCUGAUCGUCGAAUUCUUGCACAGAAUGAUGUAGGCCACCCUUUUGAUGUAGCAGUGUUUGAGGAUCACCUUUGGUUUUCUGACUGGGCUAGGCCAUCACUAAUGAGGGUGGACAAGAAGACCGGCCAAAACAGGGUACGUCUUCGAGGCAGCAUGCUGAGACCCUCAUCAAUGGUUGUAGUUCAUCCUUUGGCGAAACCAGGGGCAAAUCCUUGCCUUUAUGAGAAUGGAGGCUGUGAUCAGAUCUGUGAAAACAAUUUUGGAGUUGCCAAUUGCAUGUGUCAUCCAGGAUUUGGGAAAACGCAAGAUGGAAAAACCUGUCGUGCUCUGGAUGCUUCCAACACAACAGCAGGACGUGUCUCUGUGCACAAGGAGGUAGAGCCGAUGCCAACACCAGAGACCUUGCUCCAGAGCACCCAAAGCAGUGGGACAUUCAGGGAUACAGACAGUGGGGAAAAGCAGCAAAACAACAUUUUGUUGAUGGCUGAAAUCAUGGUAUCAGAUCAAGAUGACUGCACUGCACUAGAAUGUGAUGUCAAUGCACAGUGUGUUUUGCUGGAAGAUGGUGCUAUGUGCCAGUGUUUGAAAGGAUUUACCAGGAAGGGGAAAUCAUGCUAUGAUGUUGACGAGUGUGCUGUAAAUAUGGACCGCUGUAAUCGAAAUGUUUCAGGCUGCAUCAAUACAGAAGGAGGCUACGUCUGUAAAUGCCUGGAGGGCUACACUGGAGAUGGAGUCCAUUGCUAUGAUAUUGAUGAGUGCAAGACGGGGUCCCACACCUGUGGAGAGAAUAUAACCUGCACAAAUACAGAAGGAAGCUUCACUUGCUCGUGUGCUGAUGAUGCUUCUGGAACUGGCAUCGGUUGCAAAUCUACUGUGUCCCCGGCUGUUGUCACCAAUGAAUACUCUACACACCCUGUGCAAGGUGACUCUGUAGGAUGCCCUCCUUCGUAUGAGUCAUACUGCCUCCAUGGUGGAGUGUGCAAUUAUGUUUCUGAUCUACAAGACUAUGCCUGCAACUGUGUGACGGGCUAUGUCGGGGAGCGGUGCCAGUUCAGUGAUCUGGAGUGGUGGGAGCAGCAACACGCCGAGCGGGUGAAGAUGCGGAACAUCAGCAUCACAGUGUGCAUAGCAGUGCUGGUCCUCCUGCUACUGCUGGGCUUCCUGGCUGCCUACUGCCACAGAAGUCAAAACUUGUAUAAGAAGAAUCUCUAUGCAGAAGUGGUAAGAGAUGCGAGCAGCCGCGCUGACAAUGAGAACGUGACACCUACCAGCACCGAGUCUCGGUUUGCAGUUGUUCAGGAGUGUAACAGUUCUCUGGAGACUAAAGCGGUUGAUCUAAUUGAGUGCGAGACAGCAGAUCUUCAUCCUGCCUGUCCUUCAGAAUAUGUGGAACAACAGCCUAUAACAUAUGACAAAGCAGCAGAGACUUCGGCAGAAGAGGAGAAAGAAGGUGGCUGUUGUCAAGAGGUUCCUGUCGGUGAAAAAUCGCGUCAGCCCAUGGGGGCGGCAAAGGGCCCUCCCCAGGCUCCAUGGAGCAUCCAUCCCAAGCCCCUGCUGGAAAGAGAGCCCUGCGAGCUUGUCCCAGCCAGCCUGCUGAUGCAGCCAGACUAG